AUGUCCUAAAAUUCGACUUACAAACAAACCAAGGCGGACAAGAAGAAAUAAGAGGAAGAUAAAAAAAGAAAGGAGUAUUAAGAAAGAAUGGCAAGACUUGAGGAGCUAUAAAAAGAUAAUUUAGCUUCAAUGUAUCCUGCAUACUUUGAGUAGUAGCAGUUUUAGCAGCAAUCACAAUCACAAUUACAAUCCAAUGUAAUUCAGCAAAAUUUGCCAGAAAUUACUGGAGAAUAGCCAAACCAAGAAGCUCAAGAGUAAAUCCAAACAUAUUUAAACCAGGAUGAAGCUAUUGAUCUUUAAUAAAAGAACGAUUCAGAUUCUGACUAUGUGGAUUAGAAUGGCUGUGAAGAAGGCGAAGGCAGAAAUGAUUAAGAAUUCUAAUAGCAAUAUAAACUCUUUAAGCAGUUCAAGAACUUAGAGACUCGGGAAUUUAUGAAUAGGCCAGCACGUAGACAAGUACAAGAGUCUAAAAAGGAAACUGCAUAUAUUGAAGGUAAUUAUGACUACAACAUAUGGUAUGAUAAGUACUUGACUGAUAGAAAUCAAUAGGUGGAGAAAGCUCCCUCAUUGUAUAAAUGCAAGCCUCUUAUUGAUACUGGCUAUACAAAAGCUGAUAAAUUUGAAAAGAAGGGUUCAACCUAUUUCUGUGUUUACUUUGCCAGAGGAUGUUGUACAGAAGGAGUUAACUGUAGGUUCUAUCAUAGAACUCCAUAGGAUGAGGAUUUAGACAAGGCUAAUGAGGAUAAUUUAAGAGAUGUAUUUGGCAGAGCUAGACAUGCUACGCAUAAAGAGGAUCAUAGUGGUAUUGGUUCAUUUAAUAAGGAAUGCAGAACUUUAAUGAUAACUGAUAUCUAAUUACCUUAGGAUUCUUUAACUCCCUAGAGGGAUAUGGUUGUAAACAUAUACGAGCAAUUUAACCCCUGGGGAGAGAUUGAAGACAUUCAUUUCAGCACUCAAAAAUGUGUCGCUUACAUAAAGUAUAGGCAUAGAUACUUCGCAGAAUUUGCCAGAGAGGCAAUGUUUGAUUAAGUUUUAGCAGAAGGUUCAAAUGAACCAAUCACUAUCAAGUGGGCACUUGAUAGUCCAUUUGACAAGUCUGAAGCUAUCAGAGCCUAAUAAGAAGUUAAGGAGGCUCAAUUAAAAGGUUUGAAUUUAGCGCCAAUUACAGGCAAAAACAAGAAAAAGACACAAUACCUUAAAACCAAUUAUGAAGAUGAUUAAGAUGGGCACAAUAAUCUGACUAUAGCUCAGAAGUUAGCUUUAAAGCCUUCUGAUUUGGUACCUUAACUCGCUAAUCCAGCUCUAAGAAAGAGGGAAAUGAAAAUAAUGCAAAAGGAUAGAAUACGAGAACUUGAGCAUGAAAAGAAUAUGUAUGAGGUGUCUGAAGGAUUUGAAGCCAAUCUUUAUUAAGGAGAUGAUAGAAAGCCAAGUGUGAAUCAUGGAUUCAUAAAAGAUACUCAGAAAAUUAUGGAGAACUGCAACAAAAUGGCUUCUAUACUCUAGCAGAUUGAAAGUAAUAAAAACUAAGUAUGA